AUGCGUUGGUCUAUUGCUGCUACUAUUGCUGCUGCUGUGCACGCAGUCUCAGCUUUGACCGCCUCCUCUAUUGGUGAUUGCCCUGCACUAUCCCCUCGUAAAACGAAUGCUACCAGCGUAAAGGAUUUACGUCCCGAUGAUAUCAAGGUCAUUGGUGCCAUGGGUGAUAGUAUCAUGGCAGGCUUUGGUAUCGCUGGUAUCGAUCCUGAUGGCACUGGUAUUCUUAACAUUAGCGCUGUCAUGGAAUCCCGUGGCAAGAGCUGGGCCAUUGGAGGCGAUGAAGGAGCUUUUACCGUGGCCAACUUUAUGCAACAUUAUAGCCCCAAGAUCCAAGGCCCAUCCAAGGGUGAACACAUUGCUGAGAUUUGCCAAGAUAUUCUCUGCUUAGAUUAUCGUUUCCCCAAGAAGGAUGUGCUCAAUGGCGCAUUGAGUGGUGCCAUUGCUGUCAACCUUGACACUGAGCUUGAUUAUAUAGUGAAACAAAUGAAGUCCAUGGAGAACAUCGACUUUGACAAUGACUGGAAGUUGAUUACCAUCCAAAUUGGCAGCAAUGAUCAAUGUGCAUCAUGCCUUGGCCCAUGGGUCAAUGAUGUUCAACCUGAAAACUAUGGCUCUUACGUUGACAAGGUUAUUGGCCGUAUCAAGGAUGAGAUCCCUCGCACUAUUGUUGACCUUGGUGGUGUCUUCAACGUCUCCCAAGUAUACAACCUGACAUAUGGCCAAGACUAUUGUCGCCCAUUGCUUGAUCAACCAAACGCUCUCACCAAUCGUGUUGAAUGCCCUUGCUUCCUUGAAAGUGACGACAAGAUUAAAAACAUGGAUAACAUUGCUGCUAGUUACAAUGAACAAUUGGUUGCCAUCUAUGAAAAGUACAAGGGCCAACAAACCGAUACCUUUGCAGUCACCUUCCAACCUGCCGACAUUAACAUUGCUGGAUUCCCUGUUGACGCUCUCAGCAACCUUGAUUGCUUCCAUCCCGCCGAAAAGACUCACGAAUUGGUGGCCAAGAUCUUCUGGAACAAUCUUUUCAAGCCCCAAGACCAACGUGGUGGUGUAUACAAUUUUGAUCCUGAUACAAAGAUCUACUGCCCCUCCGACGACGAUCGUAUCCAAAUCUAA